AUAGUAAUAAAGAAAAAUUCAGAGAGAGACCAAAAACACAAGCACACGCUCGCACUCUCCCUUCAAUCUGCGUAGCGUAAACCCAUUACCAUAACCUUUCUCUCGUAUUCAUAUAGAUACACCAAUUUAAUAUUUUUGCUAUAUCUAUCUAUCUCUCUCUCUCUCUCUGUUGUAUGUGUAUUUUCAUUUGAAUUCUAGUAUCCAAAUCUCAUUAAUUCUCUUCUUUCUCAACAAAACUGAUCUCAGAUUCACGGCUCGAAGAAACCCACUUCUUCAAAAAUACUUCUAUUACUGAAAUCGCCUUUUGCUUUCCGUUUCUUUUUGAACAAAUCCUAGUUCAAUUUUUGCUCUCCUGUUCAGGUUAAUUAGGUUUGUUCCAGAAGGCAUUUUGGGGCAAAGUUCUCAUAUAUUUGAUCGAGGAAAUAAUUGAAAAUUCGAUGUGUUUAUCUUACAACUGGGUAAAAGGAUUAGUAUGUGAAGCUGGGUGAAUGAUUGAGCUGGAUGAUAUUGUGUAAUUUUUGAGGCUUUGGGACUUAUUAGUGCUCAAUUUUCAAAUUGUGGUGCUGGGAUGGGGUGUGAAUGUUCAAAGCUGUCUGCCUGUUGUUGGAGUUCUGAGUAUGAUGGAUCAGUCCCCGAAGGUCAAAAUGAGGUAGAAAAUGAGGAGAGGAACGAACUUGCUGAUUUGCCUGCAUUCCGCGAAUACACCAUUGAGACACUCAAGAUGGCAACUUCUGGCUUUGCUGUGGAGAAUAUAGUUUCUGAACAUGGGGAAAAGGCUCCAAAUGUGGUUUAUAAGGGUAAGCUCGAGAAUCAGAGGAGGAUUGCUGUAAAGCGGUUUAAUAGAUCUGCAUGGCCUGAUGCCAGACAAUUUUUGGACGAAGCAAGAGCUGUUGGUCAGCUACGGAAUCAUAGGCUGGCAAAUUUACUCGGUUGUUGCUGUGAAGGAGACGAGAGGCUGCUUGUUGCAGAAUUUAUGCCCAAUGAUACAUUAGCAAAACACUUAUUCCAUUGGGAAACACAACCUAUGAAAUGGGCGAUGCGUCUUAGGGUGGCUUUACAUCUUGCACAAGCUCUAGAAUAUUGCACUAGUCAAGGGCGUGCUCUUUAUCAUGAUCUGAAUGCCUAUAGAAUUGUUUUUGAUGAUGAGGGUAAUCCCAGACUUUCAUGCUUCGGUCUGAUGAAGAACAGUAGAGAUGGAAAAAGUUAUAGUACAAACUUGGCAUUUACUCCUCCUGAGUAUCUAAGGACAGGAAGGGUAACACCAGAAAGUGUAAUUUAUAGCUUUGGCACCCUUUUGCUUGACCUUCUAAGUGGAAAACAUAUUCCUCCCAGCCAUGCGUUGGACUUAAUAAGGGACAAGAAUAUUCAGAUGCUCACAGAUUCUUGCUUGGAAGGCCAAUUUACAAAUGAUGAUGGGACUGAGUUAGUGCGAUUAGCCUCUCGUUGUUUACAGUAUGAGCCUCGUGAGCGGCCAAAUCCAAAAUCAUUAGUUGCUGCUUUGAUUCCUCUUCAGAAGGAUACUGAGGUUCCUUCUCAUGUUUUAAUGGGUAUACCAGAUGGUGCCGAAGCUUUACCUCCGUCACCCCUUGGUGAGGCUUGCUUAAGAAUGGACUUGACUGCGAUACAUGAGAUCAUGGAAAAGCUUGGGUAUAAAGAUGAUGAGGGUGCAGCUACUGAGCUCUCAUUCCAGAUGUGGACCAAUCAGAUGCAGGAAACAUUAAAUUCAAAGAAAAAGGGUGAUGUUGCCUUCCGGCACAAAGAUUUUAGAGCUGCCAUAGAAUGCUAUUCCCAGUUCAUUGAUGUUGGGACCAUGGUUUCUCCAACUGUUUAUGCACGCCGAAGUCUAUCCUAUCUCAUGAGCGAAAUGCCUCAGGAAGCCCUGAAUGAUGCAGUGCAAGCUCAAGUAAUAUCUCCUAUUUGGCAUAUUGCAUCCUAUUUACAAGCAGCAGCUCUUUUUGCGUUGGGAAAGGAGUGUGAGGCACAAGCAGCUCUCAAAGAGGGAUCAAUCCUAGAAAAUAAAAAGACGACAAAUGCUUGAUGAUACAAAAUGAUGAAGCUCAAAUAAUGCUCUUCUUGAUUUGCUCUUUUCAGUAAGAUGACCACCAAACAUAAACAGAAGCCUAAUCUGCAUGUGUUAUGAUCAACCGAGUGUUUGUAAGCCUUGCAGCAAAGAAUCGACUUGAAUGUGCCAUAAAUGUUCCGGAUCUUCUGCAUGUGUGAUUGGUUGACAUCUUGAAGAAUUCUUUCAAAACAUUAUUGGAUGGGUUGGUCUUUAUCAGUUUGCUGGGUAUUCACAAUUUUGGGAAGUACCCACAUGCACAUAUGAACAGUGUACCCUUUGUUUCUGUUUGCUGACCUUUUCCAAUACACCAAUCUAGAAAAAUAAUUAAGACACUCCUGGGAUAGAUUACAUGUUGUAGAGGGAUUCAGCUGUUGUUGUUUAAAGAUGCAUUUAGAGGGUGAAUAGAAGAUGUCUAUGCAAUCCUUGUAAUUUAUGUACAGUGCUAUUGGUUGUGGUUGCUGAAGCUGAGGUGAAAUUGGAAUUUUUUUUUGUUUGUUCAAUACUUUGGUAUGCCGUUACCAAGUUUUUGAAUUGAUAUUAUUGCUUUCUA